UUUGCCACAAAGCACAAAUAGAACAGAUACACCACCAAACUGUCAGUGGAAAAUUCACCAGCCCAUCAACAAGAACCCACAGAAGAUCUCCCUUUGUAGAAAAUGACUUUGAUCUACAUAAUCACUGCUUUGGGAGCAACAGCUCUGGUAAAAGGGUCAGGGGUAAUGGAAUGCAAUUUAACUCAACCUACUGACAACCUGCAGUGUUUUGGAAAACUCGGGGAGCCACUCACUUUUCACCUGCCGCCACUCACUUUCCACCUGCCAACUAAAACUACAAAAGCAAGUUUUAAAAGGGGCCAUGACAUCAUUUUCAAAUAUCCUUGUGAUAAAAGUUUGGAAAUAAAUGGCAAAUGUGGUAAAUUCUCCACAAUCUAUAAAAAUGGAAUUUUCCUGGUUGGGAAAACAACAAGAGAAAUCUCUGGAAACUAUCAGAUGGAAACACAUUCAGAUAAUGAUGGUAUACUGUUACAGAAAAUCAACUUCUCCUUGAAAAUUUUAGCUCCAGUGUCAGAACCAAUCGUGUCUCAGACAUGUUUGACAGCAGAGCAGAUGACAGUCAGCUGCUCAGCUGAGGGAGAUGAAACAGAAUUCACUUUGUCUUUGGACAGCAACGAGCUGAUAAGGACCAGAUCUGGGAAAGCAGAAGAUCCAAAUGUUACCAUCAGCUUACAUGGUCAGCUGGUCGGAAACCUGGUGUGUAAUGUUCAAAACAACGUCAGCAAACAACAGACAGUCUUCCACCUGACAAGCUGCACAGGUGCCAGCUCUCACUUCUGUCUUCUACCUGUGGCUGCAGCUGUGAUCACAACUGUGAUACUUCUUCUCUUUUGUUUGGCUGUUUUCCUCAUUAUCAAGCACUUCAAUAAGAAAGCAAAUUAUACAACAGCUGUUAGACAAGGUGAUGCUGAAGAAGAAAUUGUGUACUCAGAUGUCAGAGUGACAUGAGGUGCCCGUUAGCUUCAUGAUCAGGAUGCUUAUUACAAUGAUGGAAACAUUACCAGUUUUCCUGGGUGUGAUUCU